AAAUCAAAUCAACAUCGGCCAAGACCAUAACAACCAUAAUGAAUGAUUCAAAUGAUAUAAUAAUAUCUAAUGGUUAUAAUAAUAAUAAUCAUAUGCAUAAUGGCAUUAACAACAACAACAAUAAUAAUAAUAACGAAACCAAUGAUCUCAAUUGUGAAACUUUUUCUUUUUCAUUGGACAAUCUGUCUAUAUCUUCGUCAUCAUCGACAUCAUCAUCAUCUUCAUCGAAUACUACUACCAUGAAAUCUAAUCAACAAAGAAAUGAUGAACGAUCAUUCGAUGGUUUGUUGGAUCAUCAUCAUUCGAUGAUCAUUGGUAAUAAUAAGCUUUCAUAUAAUUCAAAUAAUCGAUCAUCGAUUAAGGUUUAUGGGAACGGUAACGAUAGUUCAGAAGAUAACCAUCAUCAUUAUCAACAAAAUAACGAUUGCAAGUCAUUACAUCCGGUGAACGGCAACAGCAGUGAUAAUGUUUCAGUGGUUGAACCAAAUUCUUUCAAUGAUACGGGUUUUAUUUCCGGUGUUGAUGGUUGCCAUCAUAAUAGAAAUCAUUUACAUUUUCCAUCCACCACCAUUAUGACGAUAGACAAAUUGAAUGUUGAUGGUAGUUGUUGUAAUGAUCUACUAUUUGAUAAUCAUGAUCAACAUAAUCACAAAACGACAAAUGACUUUAUGAUGAAAAGCUGUCAACCGAUGACAUUUGCUGCUGGUGGUGGUGGUGGUUGUCGAAAUUCGGAUGAUACCCUCAAUGAUUUAUUAGGCUAUCUCAAUUUACAACAACAACAAUUGUUUACGAAUAAUCAACCACAACAACAAUUACAUGGUAACAACUUUGAUCUUAGAAAUCGUUCAAUGUUGGCAACGGUGUCAACGGCAACAUCAUCGCCGCCGUUAUCUUCGGUGUCAUCUAAUUCAUUGUCAACGACAACUAAUAACAAUAAUGACGUAAUCACGUCAUCAAAAUCAUCGUCAUUUGAUGAGAAUGGUGUCAAUUUGAAAAACACCGCUGCUGAUAUUUUUAAUAAUGUUGAGAAUAAUACAACAGCCACUAUUGUUGGUGUAUUGAAUGAAAUGAAUAAUCACUAUCAUACACAUCAUCAUCAUCAUCAUCAGAAUAACAAUAACAAUUGUAAUAACAAAAACAAUUACAACAACAUUUCGAACAAUCUAAAUCUAUUUUCUUCAUCAACACCAUCAUCAUCAUCAUCACCAGUGUCGAUGAAUACGACAUCAACAUCAUUGUUAAUCGAUACAUUCAAUACAAUGAAUGAUUCAAUAUUCAAUCACAAUUGCUCAAGCGAAUCGGUUAAUACCCUAGAGCAACAACAUCAUCAAUUGAAUCACAAUCGUUCACCGAAUAAUUAUCAUCAACAUCAACAUCAUCAUCAUUCACAACAACAACAAUAUCAUACAUUUUUGUCAGCCGCUUCAAAUCAUCAUCCGAAUCAUCAAAAACAGCAGCCAAGAACAUUUGCUGAUAUUGCGGCAUCGUCAUUGAAUGGCCAUCAUAAUAAUGGUAUUGGUGGUAAUACUGGCACUAAUAAUGGCAAUAAUGUUUUGAAUGGUGGUGGCGUUGGUUCAAAUAAUAUCGAUCUAGUUGAUUCAUCAUCAUUUCUUAAUUUAUUAGAUUCAUCAUCUCAUAAAUCAUUUAAUGGUUCUAACAAUGGAUCAUCUAAUGGUUAUUUUAAUGCUUUUACAUCAUCAUCAAAUAUAUCGGUGAAUAAUCCAAUGCAAUCAUUCUAUGACCAAUUUAAUGCUGAUCAAAAUGGAUUGAAUAAAAAAUAUUAUCGAAAACAACAACAACAUCAGCAACAACAACAACAAACACAAGUAUUGAAUUUUCGUGCCAUGGGCGCAUCUCCAUUAUCGCCUUCAAUGAGUAUGAAUGAUGCUAAUAAACUAUUGAAAUCAGGGCAAAUAAAAGAAUCUCAAUUAGGAUUUAUUCGAUCACCUAAUGGAUCAUUGACCAUAACGGAUUGCGGUGGUCAUAUUGGUAUUGGAGAUAAUGGUUUUGAAUCGAAUGGUAUCACAAUGAAUGAAAAUUCCCAAUCAUCUAGCCGUCCAACUAAUCUUAUGGGCUAUAAAGGUCUUUGGGUUUGUAAUGUAUCACCGGAAGUUGGUUUACACUACUUAAAACGUCGAUUCCGUCGUUAUGGACAUUUUACUGGCAUUCAAACAUUCGAACGACGUGCAACUAAUGGUACAAACAUUGUGUUUGUUCAUUAUGAUAAUCCAAAUUCUCCCGUUGAAGCUAUCAUUGCAUUACAUAAUUACAAUGGACAAGAUUUAUGUGCAGAUCCAAAUGAACCAUUAAAAUUACGUUUUGCACCAAGCAUGGAACAAUCACGUGCCGGUCAAUUACCAACAUUAGAACAGGCACGUAAAAUUGUUGAAAAAAGUGGUGAAUGUUUUAAUUGGCGUUUAUCAUCUGGAUGUCAUCGUGGCCAGCGAUGUCAUCUCAAACAUAUUUCCAUAAACAAAGAAAUUGAUUCUCAGCCAUGGGUAAAAGCAUUGAAGAAAAAAAUCAACGAAACAUGAUGUUCUGGCAAUCAAUUUUUUU